AUGCCUGAAAUAGACCCUCUCAUCCAUAAUGCUGCUCCACCGUCGUCAUCGACACCGUUUUUCCGACGUCCAAGAGCGAUUUCCUCCAGCAGUCUUGAUCCUUACGAAGAUCCGGUUACUGGGCUAGAAAGAGUCGCUUCAUUUUCGAACGUUAACAAUUUGGCCCGACGAAGAAGAGAGGAUGAAGAGCAACUUCGUCGUCGAAGUCAAAGGCAUCCUGAAUUAGAACAAGAACAUGCUUUGUCCUCAAAAUAUGAAAGCUUAAAUUAUGAAGUCUCGGAGAAUCAAUUGUACAAGGAAGAGGAAGCGGAUCCAGAUCAUCAUGUGCGAUUAUGGCGUCGUUCGCGCAAUCGUUGGAUUGCAUGUUUCUUUAUCGGAGUGUUUACUGCGCUUGUAGCCACUGCAAUCGAUAUUAUGGUGCAUUACAGCCAAGAGAUCAAGUUCGGAAUCAUCAUAAAACGAUUACUAUCGAAAUGUGAUAAAGAAACUGAAUUAACUGGUGAUGGAUGCAUGUGGACGGUGGAAGCAGCAUGGAUGUGUUACAAUUGUGUCCUAGUUGGAAUAGCUGGAUGCUUAGUCAUUUUUUGGGCUCCAAUUGCUGGUGGUUCUGGAAUACCUCAGAUAAAAUGUUUUUUGAAUGGUAUUCAAAUACCAGAAGUAGUGAUGCUAAAAACGUUAGUAUCAAAAGCCAUAGGAGUUGCAUGCGCAGUUGGUGGAGGUCUAUCGGCUGGAAAGGAAGGACCGAUGAUCCACUCUGGAGCCGUUGUUGGUGCCGGUCUAUCACAGGGCCGAUGUCAGUCCAUACCAUUCGAUACAGGCCUUUUCAAGGAAUUCAGGAAUGACAAGGAGCGGCGAGAUUUUGUUUCGGCAGGUGCAGCAGCUGGAGUUGCUGCAGCUUUCGGUGCUCCCAUAGGUGGUGUACUUUUUUCUUUAGAAGAAGGUGCCAGUUUCUGGAAUCAGAAUUUGACAUGGAGGAUGUUUUUCUCAGCUAUGAUCUCUGCGUUUACUGUGAACUCCAUUUUGAGUUGGUUUAAUGGUCGUAGUGGCUGGCUUUCAUGGACAGGCCUAGCUAAUUUUGGUGUUUUCGAGAACAAGAAUUACAAUAUUUGGGAAAUUCCAUUCUUUUUGGCUAUUGGAGUCAUUGGUGGUCUAACAGGCGCAUUGUUUAACCACCUUAAUGCAAAGCUGACCGAGUUCAGGAAGAAAUAUGUGUCAAAUAAGUGGCAGCGUCUAAUGGAAUGUUUGUUAGUAGCUGCUAUGUCAGCAUUUACUGGCUUUAUUACUCUGUUUCUUGUUGAUGACUGUCAGCCUGUUGGUGUCAAUCCGAACAUAACUGAAGUUAACCAGAUGUGGUGUAAAAAAGGAGAGUACUCUGCUGUAGCGAAACUGUUCUUCCAGAAUCCCGAGGAAAGCGUCAAGUCGCUUUUUCAUAGUCCUAUCAAUUCAUUUCGACCGUGGACUCUCUUGAUUUUCUCGAUUGAAUAUUAUAUGUUGACACUGUGGACGUUCGGACUUUCGGUACCAGCAGGAGUAUUUAUCCCGGCAAUCUUGACAGGGGCUGCUUGGGGACGACUGUUCGGAAUCGGUACGGGAAUCGAUCCCGGUAAAUAUGCUCUAGCUGGAGCAGCUGCUCAAUUAGGAGGUCUUGUAAGAAUGACCAUAUCACUCACAGCUAUUAUUAUGGAGGCAACAAAGGACAUAACUUUCGGCCUCCCGAUCAUGUUGGUUUUAAUGAUUACGAAGUGGGUUGGAGAUAUAUUCAAUGAAGGACUAUAUGACAUACAUAUCGAUAUCCAAGAGGUCCCGAUUCUAGGAUGGCAUCCGCCGAAAAUGAGUCGAAACAUCCUAGCAGAGAAGGUUAUGCGCCCGGAUGUGGUUGCAAUGGAACGUCGUGAGCGUGUCGCUCGAGUGGUUGCUGUAUUACGAACCACGAAUCAUCAUGGCUUUCCUGUUGUGGAUCGCAUCGAAGAAUCCACACAUUCUUCGUUGCCUGAUUAUGGACACCUAAAAGGAAUGAUCCUCAGAUCUCAGCUUAUCACUCUUUUGGAGAAACGAGUCUUUUACUCAGAAAUGGAGGGUUUUGAAGGCAUAGGUCGAAUGGGCACAGUCAAGCUGAGCGAUUUCUUUGAUGAAGAUGUACAACAGGACAAACCCGUUGACUCAAUAGGUUUGACCAUAUCGGAUGAGCAGUGCUGGAUAGAUUUGGAGCCAUUCAUUCAUCCACAUCCACAUCGUGUGCCUCUGAAUGCUUCUCUCCCGUUCAUCUUCCAACUUUUCCGUGGUCUUGGCUUACGCUAUCUGGCCGUUGUGAACGAUGAAAAUAAGCUCCGUGGUAUAAUCACCCGAAAAGACGUUGCUAGGUUCCGAGAACGAAGAUCGAAUAAAAAAUACCAAGUUCACGAGUUGUACAUUGCUGAGUAA